UUUCUCCACAAAAAAAACAAGACAGUUUAAUUAUGUGAGCAAUGCUCACUGGGCAUACAUUGAUUUUUAGUUAAAUAGAGAAAUUCGUAAUCAAUUAGAUGUAAGGUUGGACGGUUCCAUCAACAAAAAAAUCAUUUUUUCACAAUAAAAAAGGCAAAUGUUACCAACAAAGAAGUAUUAUCGAUUUAUAUUUUUGUUUCAAAAAUGCGGGAAAGUGUGAAAGAGUUUAUUCAAAAGUUUUUGAAGUUCAAUGUGUUUACAUUUUUUGUGCUGCCUUUGAAUAGUGUUUGCUGACUUAUCUGUAGAUACUUUCGACUGAGAUAUCUUAACCACAGUGACUUUAACAUCAAGUUGACCAAAGUUUAUUUUUUAACUCAUUCAAAUCAUCGAUUUUAACUUACCAAAAUCAAAGUAAAACAUUUCUUGUUCUAUUGUGUCAUGUGCAAUCGAAGAAAAAUCAACUGCAAAAAAUAAUUCCGUUGGACUGAAUUAUGAACCAAAAACUUCAGUAACAUUUCAAUUACUGGUUUCGUCAGUUAUUGAUAUCUUAAUUUUGGAAUUACUGUAUCUCUUGAAUCGCAGCCAAAAGAACACAUCAUUUUCUUACCUUUUUAAUUCGGUCAAAAGCAUAAUGGUUCAGGUUUUCAACUGUCUUGACGCAAUGCGAAAGAAAAUCACGCAAUGGAAGCGGGAAGGCUUACGCAUAGCGCUGGUACCAACCAUGGGUAACCUCCAUGAAGGUCAUUAUUCAAUGGUGACGUUGGCCCGACAACAUGCUGAUAAAGUUAUCGCCACUAUCUUCGUAAACCCCACACAGUUUGGUCCAAAUGAAGAUUUUGAUUGCUAUCCACGUACACCGGAGGGCGACAUUUUGGGGCUGGAGCAAGUUAGCUGUGAUGCAGUGUGGAUUCCCACAGUGGAAACAAUGUAUCCGCUCGGUAUACACAAAACUACGCAGAUUCACGUGCCAGGAGUGAGCGAAGUACUGGAAGCUGUAAAUCGACCCACUCAUUUUGAUAGCGUUGCCACGGUUGUAGCUCGGCUAUUUUUGCAGGUGCAACCAGACAUUGCUGUAUUCGGACGGAAAGACUACCAACAGCUUGCGGUUAUCAGGCAGAUGACAACCGAAUUGAAUUUCCCAAUACAGAUUAUUGGCGCAGAUACUAUUCGUGAAGAGGAUGGCCUGGCCAAAAGUUCACGUAAUCAAUACCUAAGCGCCGAACAGCGAUUGAUGUCCACUAUUAUUUAUCGUACUCUGUUGGAUAUGCGCGAAGGCUAUAUAGCCGGUCGUUCACGCGCUAACAUCGAAGCGGAUGCAACUGCUGCAUUGGCGGUGGCUGGCUUUCAAGUGGAAUAUGCAGUGCUACGCACUCCAGAAUUGGCUGAACCAACUUCUGAAUGUGAUGAAAAUCGUGUAGCACUGAUUGCUGCAGUUUUGGGAAGGACCAGAUUAAUUGACCAUUUAGAGUUUUCAUGUCCAAAAAUUCAGUAAAUUUAUUAUAGUAUUUAUUCUAUUAUCACAUUGAUGAAAUAUUUACAUGAAUUUCAAUAAAGUAAACAUGUUGGAUUUUCACACAAAAAAUCUGAGGGCAAAUUGAUAGACAAAUGAGAUAUUUUUUUAAAUUGUUUGUUUCGUUAAAAAUUGAAAUACAAAUGGGAAGGACAAUUUCAAUUAUGGCACUUUAGGCAAAACAUUUUUUCUUUAUUUUUAAUUAACUAUUGUUAUUGUGUUCUCAAAGCACACCAAAUUUGAAAGUCGUCGAACUUUCUAAAAAUAUAGUUUGAAAUGAGCAGUGUUGGGUUAAGAUAAAGAUAUUAGAUAAGAUACAGAUAAGAUGAUAUCUUUUAUCUUAUCUUAAUCUUGCAGUAAAAUAUCUCAUCUUAUCUAGAUAUAUAUUUUUUAUGUAUUAUAUUCUAGAUACUUAUAAGAUAGUAUCUUAUCUUCAUACUUUUUUUAGAUAAGAUGCUGCAUCUUAUCUAGAUAAUUUUUUUCAAAAUAAAAAAGAAUCCCAUCUUAUCUAGAUACAGAAAUUGUUAACAUUACCCAACACUGGAAAUGAGUAGUUUGGGGGCGAAAAUGUAAUACAGAAAAGUUGCGCGGAAAAAUGUCGAUGAGCGGAAAAGGAUAGCUAUACAUAUAGUAAACUGUAUAGUAAACUAUAGUGAACUAUAUAGCUAUCUCUUUUCAUUUGACAUUUUUCCACGCAAAUUUUCUGUAUUACAUUUUCGCUCCAAACUACUCAAAUUAUGUUAUCCUUUGCGUUUACCGAAAACGCUUCCUAUAAAAUGAACACAACUGGCCAACACUGUUUCUGUUUAUCGUUUAGUUAUUAUGUCAAGCAUUCGCCAAACUUAUUCUCGAUUUCGUUCAUCAAUCAUUUCAUGAUGAAUUAUUACGUGAUUUAUCUAAAUGAUUUCUCGAUUUCAGUUGCAUCCUUUGAACGUCGUCGUCGUUGUCAUCGUCAUAAACUGGCCUAAGAUUCUCUUUGCGUUUUCCCUAUUUUGGAACUAAUGUGUUUUCCGUUUUUCUGAUUUACUACCGUCCCGUUAUUCAUUUUACGCAGACCAGAGGGCAAUUUUUCUUUGCCAAAAAUGAGUUAUGUUCGGAAAAGAUGCACAGCUGUACAAUUGUCGGUUACAAAUAUCAUCCAUUUUAGAAUAUAAUUGAAUUGCCGUUCCCAACGAAGGUGAUACUGUUAUCAAUCAAUCACAUUUUAUUUGGACCGAAAGAAAGAUUUAUUGAGCUUAGCUAAAUGUUCAGAAGAAAGAGUUUAAUUUCUUCAAUUCGAGCCUUAUUUAGGUAUGGACCAAAUGCUUACAUUUAAUUGAAUCCCAUAACUCCUGAGCCAACUAUUAGAUUUGAGAAAAGUUAUCAACCGUUGAAAAGACAUAAGUUUUAAUAGAUUGUGAUACAUAGAAAAUCAUGAAAUUUUUUACGUUGGAUUUGAGAAUCCGAUUUCAUGAUUUACUGUAUUUUUCUCCCACAUUUUUGCUUCGCAUCUUUCUCACAAUGUAUUUUUGGCCACAAUUUUCAGGUAAUUUGUUCCAUUUUAUCAUCAACUGACAAAUUUACCAUCGAUGUAUCUAGUUUAACAAAGUAAAAUCAUAGAGACACAAUUUUGUUGUUGUUGCAGAGUAUUUUUCUGUUGAAUUCAAUUUCAGGUGCCAUAUAAAAAACACAAAUGAACGGAAGUUUUCUAUUAAUACGUGUGGUUCAAUUCUUUAAAAUACGUACCAUUUUUUUCAGUCGAAUCAUAUUUCCGUAGGCUUCACAACAGUGUGGAUAGUAUCCAUUAUGCUAAACAAUUGCCUAGGAAAUAAACGAUAAAUAAUCAAUAUCAUUGUCAUUGGGCUGCAGUCAUGAUGAUAAUGAAUUGAUCAUUUCUUCUUUUAUAUUUACAAUUAUCUGUGUUACAGGAUGUGACACAAUAAAGAGUCCAAAAUCAUAUGUCACUAUCUAUCUAGCAGGCAAAUGACCUCAAGGUAUAUGUACAGAUAUCCCAAAAUCGUCUCUGUGAGUUGAAGUCACAUCCGUGAUACAUUGUUCAUCGCAUGUAUACGUUCAACAGGAACUACGAACUAAAACGAACAAAUACGUCUGUUCAGUUCUAUUGUCAACUUCUAUUCCAUUAUGUGCCGAACCAUUUUUUCCCCUAUACUUUGAAGAUAGAAAUGAAUUUAAAACGGAAUCACAGCCCCAAGGUGUUUAUUUUCAAUAGCCGUUCUAAGCAGCAUAAAAACAAAAACAAUGAAUAAUUGUUCUAUUGUUGUUCCUUGAGUCGUUUGCCAUUACUUUACAGGUAGAGAACAAGGGCGAAAAUGCUAUGUCAAAAAAUGCGUCUUGAGCCUAAACGAGAUAGAAACUUAGUUUGAGUUUCACUUUAAAAUUAUUUUAAGAAAAUUAUGCAACUUGAAUCAUUGGGUGAAACAAAAAUUGAUAAACCAGCAAUGGUGAUAUGAUAUGCAAAGUCAUUAAGUCCAAGAUAGGCGCCGCCCAAGCUCGAACGAACUCGAACGAACUCGAACAGUUCGUGUUCGUGAGCAGCUCUAUUAGGCGGUUGGAUUCGAGUUAUAGGAAAAGGAAUUCUUUG